AGUUGUGCGACCCAUGAGGUAAAUGGUAUUUGAGAUGAGGAGAUUAGAAAUACAAAAUCCAAUUAAUAAUGUUGAAUUGAAACUCUAUUAAUGUUACGCGCCCAUCUUUCCGGGUUCGCGAGGCCUCAAGAUUUUUCCCUUUUUUGUUAAAACCCUAAUAGGAUUUUUCUCUAAGAAUCAUGGAGCCCCAAUCUAAAAUUUCGAAGGUCGUCCAUGAAGGAGAGUUAUUCAAAACUGUUCGAAGGACACUUCAGAAGCUCUACAACUUGAAAUUGCUGAUUAUUGAGAAACCAUGAAGCUCGUGAGGAGGCGAUACAAGUGGUGGCUGGUGUGAAACUAAACCUCUGGUUGCCUUAAAAGAUGCAAGAAACGCCGCAUCGAACAAGAGGCAGCGGCGAGGUCGCCGGCUCUGGCGCUCGUUGUAAAACUUGUUGAUGGUUACCUUCCGAUGCGAAUCUCAAGCCGGAGAAAUUCUACAAUUUCGCCACCUCUUCCACGUAUCUGCCUUUGGCACGUCUGGUAUCCAUUCCUUUGGCACAUGUCAUGGUGUGUGGAGAGACUUGGGAGCAGUGGGGAAGCAGUUGCUGAUCUGAAAUAACUAUUCUCUCUUGCUGAAAAAUUGGUUUUUCAAAUGGCUUCAAUUUGAUGCAUCACUUCUUCGAGAUCUUGCUUACUACACUGAUACUUGAGGCAGAUGAAGUGUGGAAAGCAAGCGGGAAACAUUAUAAAUAUACUAUUGUACAAAGGUGGAGAAAGAGGGCCUCGAUCAGACAACAUGCCUUCCUUGCCAAUGUUGCUACUGUUGCUAUUCCUGAUUCAACUCCGCCCAGUGAAGCCACAAGGCUACGAUAGGAAUAUAUUCAUAUUAGCGGGUCAAAGCAACAUGGCGGGUCGGGGCGGCGUAGUCAACGACACGGCCACCGGGGUAACAACAUGGGACGGCGUCGUUCCACCCCAGUGCCAUUCCAACCCCUCCAUUUUGAAGCUCGACGCGCACCUGGCGUGGGUGGAGGCGCGUGAGCCGCUCCACGCGGACAUCGAUUAUAAGAAGACCAACGGAGUGGGUCCAGGAAUGGCAUUCGCGAACUCGGUGUUGGAAAAACACCCAGAAUUUGGUGUAAUCGGUUUGGUCCCAUGCGCGAUCGGAGGCACCACCAUAAGCGAGUGGGAACGUGGAAGAGAGCUUUACAGUGAGACGAUAAAGCGUGCGAAGGCAUCGGUGCGUGACGGUGGCACCAUUCGUGGCUUGCUUUGGUACCAAGGGGAAACCGAUACGGUGAACCUACACGAUGCACAGUUGUACCAACGACGACUCCACAAGUUCUUCUUGGAUGUUCGUGAUGAUCUGCAGUUUCCAUUGCUUCCUAUUAUCCAGGUAGCAUUGGCAUCUGGAUCAGGCCCUUACAUAGAGAUAGUGAGACAAGCCCAACUGGGCACUGACCUCCUCAACCUGAGGACUGUGGACGCACAUGGUUUGCCUCUUCAGCCCGAUGGGCUACACCUCUCCACUCCGGCCCAGGCUCAUCUUGGACAAAUGAUGGCUGAUGCGUUCCUUCAGUUCGUACCCACUUCAAACAUAAAUUACAAUCUCAGCCCAAUUCGUAACGAGGCCAUAAGGCUUUACAACUGUGCCUUUUGUGUUUACAAGCUUCCCUUGUUCAUAACACUUCCCUCGAUUUUGCACAAAUCUUUCCUAUAGCAGCAUUCUUUUGCCAUUACCAUUUUCACAGUAAUAGUUAUAACAAAAUCAUGUAAUUACACUUCAACUCACCAAGAAAAUUGGAGCAUUGUAUGAAUCAUUUAAAUUCAACUUAAAGUAUGACUUCUUAGUUUACUAUAAGAAAUUGUCAUUC